CGACGGCGCGCCCACGCGGUGCGGACCGGAGCCCUCGGUGGCCGCGUGCUCCGCCCUCUCCCCCCCCCCCAACCUCACGACCCUCCUCCCUAGGCCGAGCAUGGGCGCGCGCGCGUCCCAGGAGCCCCGGCUCCGGGCUGGGCUGCCGGUGCUGCUGCCAGUUCUGCUUCUGGCACUGCUGCUGCUGCUGGCGCUGGUGGCCCCUGGAGCGCAGGGGGCUCGGGGCCGCGGGGCUGCGGACAAGAACAGCCACCGGCGCGCGACCAGCAGCUUCUCGCAGAGCGUGAGCAGCCUCUUCGGAGAGGACAACGUGCGCGCGGCUCAGAAGUUACUGUCCAGGCUGACUGAGCGGUUCGUGCAGGGAGUGGACACGUUUGUAGAAACAGUAUGGAAAGUUUGGAUGGAGCUCUUAGAAGUCCUUGGACUGGAUGUGUCCAACCUGUCCCAGUACUUCAGCCCAGCCUCCGUGUCCAGCAGUCCCACCCGAGCCCUGGUGCUGGUUGGUGUGGUCCUCCUGGCCUACUGGUUCUUGUCUCUGACCUUGGGCUUCACCUUCAGCCUCCUGCACCUGGUGUUCGGCCGCUUCUUCUGGCUGGUACGAGUCAUCCUGUUCUCCAUGUCCUGCGUGUACAUCCUGCACAAGCACGAGGGCGAGCCUGAGCACGCCGUGCUGCCGCUCUGCCUCGUGGUGGCUAUCUACUUCAUGACGGGGCCCAUGGGCUACUGGCGAGGCAGUCCUGGUAGCCUCAGCAGCCCCAGUGUGGAGGAGAAGCUAGAACACCUGGAGAACCAGGUGAGAUUGCUCAACAUCCGCCUCAACAGGGUGCUGGAGAGCCUCGACCGCGCCAAGGAUAAGUGACCGUCAGCUUCCCGGCCGCCCAAGAGUGUCAGCUGGUCAAACGACAACAAAAGAAGAAAACAGCCGGCAAUCCUACCAAACCCCAGCCCUCCCAAUAAACCAAGCAAGAAUGCCACACAUGGUUAUUUCCCACUGCGUUCUACUUAGGACCCAUUGGAGAAGAAUGAACUUAUGUAGAACUUAGAGUGUUGCUAGUGGGAAAACAUAUUUUCUAAGCAACGGAUCUAUAUUCCUUUAGCUGUGUAGUCAGAUAAGUUUAUCCGUGCAUAGAACAUAAAGUUAAUUUUUUUCAACCAUUUAAGUACAUCUUUUGUAAGGUUUUUAAAUAAAGGCAGAUGGAGUCAAGUUUAUCAGAACUUUGAAGGGAGCACUUGAAGUUUUUAAGGAAGCCUAAAUUGGCUGCUGGGUGAGCACUGUGUGUGAUACCUUCCUACUCCCAAAUGUGACCUUUAUUGUAUGUCUCUUGGGGUUGGGGGAGAUUUGGUUAAUGAGAGCUGUCUCUUGUUAUUGUGGACACUUGAGGUUCAGAGUCUGGGAUCCUGGGGGCCCUGUGAGCUCAGUUAAUUGUGUUUCCUCCUGUCCAUUUCUGUUUUUUUUUUUUUUUUUUUUUUUUAUGGUGCUGAGAAUGCUGAGCCCACCUCCACCCCGUCCACUGUAUUUCUGAAUGAAGGUACCCACAGACAUCCUGGGAUCUUUUUCUCCUUCCUGGUUUUUAAUGUAGACUAACCCCCAGCCUUUCCAGAAGGAAAAUACAUGGCUGGGGCUGCAAAAUGUCUUUGGAGUUUGAUGCCAAGAACUUCCUGGGUGGACCCUGAAGAUAAUCCCAGAGUCCAGCUAAAACUCAUGUUCCCUAUUUGCCCGUGAAGCUCAGAUAGCCAGGGGGACCCUGACAAUUUGCUAGUUUCCUUUGCUUUUUUUAUUAUUAUUAUUAUCAUUUAUUACAAUUUAUUCAACUUGUAUCCCGGCUGUGGCCCCCCCUCCCUUGUUUCCUCCCAAUCACCUUCCUUCCCCUUUCCCUAUGCCCCUUCCGUAGUCCCCUGAUAGGAAAGGUCCUCCUCCCCUUCUAUUUGACCCUAGCCUAUCAGGUCUCAUCAGGACUGGUUGCAUUGUCUUCCUCUGUGGCCCAGCAAGGCUGCACCCCCCAAGGUUUCCUUUGCUUUUAACCGACUCAGGACCAUAGAAGAAAAAGGAACUGUUCAUGGCCAGUAAGAUCCUUCAUUUCAUUGCUUCUAGAACAUUCUUAGGCAUAAGCCACCUUGGGAUAUGAAUUGUUUGUCCUGAAAUUUUUAUAAUUAUGUGUCUUAGGUGCUUUUCAUCUGGGGUCCAGGGCGUUGCUGAUUUAGCUUAGCCUCUGGGGUCAGAGACUGGAGGCGAAAUCCCUCUGCCAGCAUUCUGUGGAAAGAGAGCCGGCCUUUGCCGGAUUGCUGCUGUCUCUGCUGUCCUUCAGUGAACCCUGGAGCCACUGAGUUCCAACUUCAGCUUGGUGGAGACACCUGUCAGCUGUCAUGGCGGACCUUGGUGGAGGGACCCAGCAAGUGCCAGGGCUGGUGCUGUGUGUCUGUGAAGUUCUGUCUUUGGUUGCAAGUGUCUGGAAGACAGAUUCAGGUCUUUCUGAGGGUGUGUCUGAGAGAGACCUCCGUUCUCGAGGUGACUGUAUGAGACUCCUACUUUCUUGAAUUUCAUUCCCUUCUGGAACCCAGACCAAGGACACUGGGAACACAUGAGUUCUGAUGUGAAACAUUCCAUUUAUAUUGUUUAGAUAAUGUAGCUAAAUCUACAUGGAGUAUGGGGUACAAGUAGUUGGGGAGGGGCACACUGAAUGUCCUCUUUUCAUUCAAAUGUCUGGCUGUAUCUUACCAAAAGAUUGUUUUGCAGAUGUUGGCUUGGUGGCAGUUGCCUUCUGUAAAGCCUGCUCUUGCCUUGGCUCCUCUUAUGGAUGGCCACUGAGAUGUCCUAAGUAGGGUCCUUGACAGUUGGUCCACUGGAGCAGAGUGUGCAAUCCUAGUAUUCAGGAGGCAAAGGCAGGAGGGUUGCUGCUAUUUGGAGGCCACCUGGUCUGAGUAGUAUGUUCCAGGCCAGCAUAGCAAAUACAGAAGCCAGGUGAACUAGCACGCACACAAGGGCCAGGGGCAGGCAGAUCUCUUGAGUUUGAGGCCAGUCUGGUCUAUGUAGUGAGUUCCAGGACAGCCAGAGUCACAUUUGAGAUCUUGUCUCAAAACAAUAAUAACAACAAAAAAGGUUAAAAAAAAAUUCUGCAACUUUUUUUUGGCCUGACCAAAUGUAGUUGGUCUAAAACUCUAAAGGUAGUUUUAUAGUUUGAUACACACACACACACACACACACACACACACACAAAAUGCCUUCAUUUUAAUUUUUACAUUUAAUUAUUAGCGACAGGGUCUCAUGUAUAUUAGACUAGUAUUGAACUUGCUAAGUAGCUGAGACUGGCCUUAAACUUCGGACCCUCUGGCCUCCACCUCCUGAGUGCAAGGAUGACAGAUGGAGGGCAGCACACCCAUUGUAUGCAGUCCUUUCGGUGUUUGGGUACUUGGUGUGAAACAUGUUCUCUGCAUGUUAAGAGAGCAUUCUAGAGUCCAGCCCCAAGAUGCCUUCAUUCUAAAUGGAAGAAUGCACAAGUCAGAAUGGAGUGUUAGUUGAAAUUCUAGUAGUUUUUAAAGCUUCAGAUGGUGUUUGAUGCAUACAUUUUACGUAUUCUCUUUUUUUUUUUCUUUUUCUUUUUGAGGCAGGGUCUCUCUCUGUAUAGCCCUGGGUGGAUUUUUUUUCUUCUUUUUUUGGCGGUGGUGGUGGUCUUUUUUUUUUUUGUUUUGUUUUGGUUUUGUUUUUGUUUUUUUAAGACAGGGUUUCUUUGUGUAGCCUAGACUUGCUUUGUAGUCCAGGCUGCCCUGGAACUCACAGAAAUCUGCCUGCUUCUUCCUCCUGAGUGCUGGGAUUAUAGGUAUGCACUGCUGCCCCUCUUGUUUGGAUGUAUCUCUAACACAUCUUUUUUUCUCUCUGUUCUGUGGAAGUAUGCAGCUUAUUGACCUCCCUUUCCCCCCAUCUCUUUUGUAUGUGGAAAGAUGUAUUUUUGUACCUUAUUUCAUGCCUUAUUUCAGGGCUGUGUACAUCUCCUCAACUGAAUAACAUGAUAAAGAAACAUUAUGACGGCAGCUACUGUGGAUCUGUUAUAUAUAAGGGUCAGGGGCCAUUGAUGUGGAUCAGUGGGUAAAGGUACUUGCUACUAAGCUUGAAUUUAAUUCCCGGGACCCACAUGUUGAAAGGAGGCAGACCACUCUCACAGAUUUUCCUCUGACCUCUGCACAUGGAUCAUGGCUUGCAACCCCUUCCCCCAAAUAAAUCCAUAUAUAAUGUUUUUAAAUGAAAAGACAGGGUUAGGAUUUUAACUGUCUUAAAACCAGUGUUAAUACCCCCGAGGGUUCUUCCUCACAUUAAAUACUUUUCCAAGGACAGGCUUGAGGUUAUAUUGGCUAUCUCUGAAGUACUGGGUCUAGGUGGGCAUGUUGGGGUUGGUGAUUUUCAAUGGUGACCUUUUAUUUUGAAAAUUUUAUGUAUAUGGGUGUUUUGUCUGCUUGUAUGUCUGUGUACCACGUACAUGCCUGGUGCCUGCAGAGGCGAGAGGAGGGUGUCAGAUCCCCUGGAAUUAGAGUUACUGACAGUUGUCAGCUGCCAUGUGGAUGCUGGAAAUGAAACCAUUGUCCUCUGGAAGAACAUCCGGAGCUCUGACCACGAGCAAUCUCUCCAACCCUGUUGUUUUGUUUUGAGAUGGGUUCUCUUGUAGCCCUGGCUGGUCUUAAACAGGCUGUGUGGCCGAAAAUGACCUUGAACUCCUGGUCCUGCCUCCACACCACUCUAGGAUUAAGAGACAGGUGCCACCACACCUGGCUAAGUAGUGACCGGAUGGGACCCAGGGCCUCCACCGUGCUGCAUAAGCACUCUACCAAAUCAGCCCAGCCCCAGCUUAUGGUCGGUGUUUAUGGAGUGAUUUCUUCCCUGUUGGUGUAGCACAGGCACCUUUCCCAGAUGGACUUUCCAUUGCCACCAGCAUCUUCCGCCCUUUGGGGCCUUUGUUGAGCCCUGGCUUUCUUCUUACUGGCAAUAAAGUAUGGAAAAGAAUAUCCUCCCUGCUGGCCUUGUGAAUCAUAAUGGGGUCCUCUGUUCAUAAAAGUGACCCAGGGGCAGUCCCGAGAGGCAACCUGAAAAUGAGGCCCAGCAGACCACAGGGGUUAUGAGCAGAGCUGAGGGUAGCCUUUUAUGACCGUCAGGGGAAGUGGCCGCGUCUUUCCUAGGUACUCCCUGAGAACCUCCAGGGGCAGCCUGUGGUUGGGAGCUGGCCUUGGCAUACCCAUGCGGGCCGGUGUGAAUAGCUCUGGUUACUCACAUGGCCUGCUCUCAGAUGGCUGUAAAUAAUAUGACCAGGAACUCAGGUGUGGUUACAAUCCCAGAACUUGGGAGAUAGACAGAAAGGUGGUGAGCUCAAAGUCAUCCUGGUCUACAAGGCAAGACCCUGUCUCAGCAAACGAACUCAAUUUUUGCUCAAAGAGUCAGUAAGCACUCUACCCAAGCUGGCCCAGGCUGGCCUUAAACUCACAGAACCCAUCUGCUUCUGCCUCCCAAGUGCUGGGAUUAAAGGUGUGCACUACCACACCCAGCCUCCCAGUAGGUUUUUUUUUUUUUUAAUUUUAAUUUUAUUUUAUGUGCAUACUGUGAAGGUGUCAGAGCUCUUGGAAUUGGGGUUAUAGGCAGUUGUGAGCUGCCAUGUGGGUGCUGGGAAUUGAACCCAGGUCCUUUGGAAGAGCAGACAGUACUCUUAGCCACUGAGCCAUCUCUCCAGCCCCCCCCCCCCCCCCCAGCAGGUUUUGCAUUACCUAAUUUAACCAGAAAGCCAGUGCUGGCGCACCUGGUGUGCACCUAUAGCUACAAGGAAUUCCCUGGGCGCCUUUCCCAACCUUUUAACUUUCAGGUCCUGGGCUCGUCAGCUCUUCCUCUAGCAUGCAAGCUUCUUUUCAAAACAACCUGUGCCCAUUCCUCAAUGGUUUUGCUUAUGACCAUUUAAGUAAUUGGGCUUUGGGCCCCUUACCUGUGAAUGAAUAUAUAUACAUACAUAUACACACACACACAUAUACAUAUAUAUAUAUAUAUGUAUAUUCAUAUUGAAUAUAUAUAUAUAUGUAUUCAUUUUAACCCCAAUAUCCUUAUCACUAGACAACUGCUAAUGCCCUGACUGGCAUCCUUCUGUGUUUUGCUCUUUGGUGAUGACCCUCCAUAGCUAGGACGGACACGGAGAACCUGUUCUGUCUUGGUGGCACAGGAAGCACACCUUGUCACCCGGACAGCUGUGGCAGCUGAUGGCAUGAUUGACUCCCUGCCCCAGCGUCUCUGCAGAUUUCAAGCUUUUUGCUGUUGUGUCAGUUUUCUGUCUGCAACUGUGAUAAAUCUCUGAAUAUCCUGUAAUUAAAUUAAUUUCUUGUGAUGGUGAUUAGUGUGCAGUUAAAUCCCCCAUGAGAUAAUUAUUUCCCUGUUCUUAGCUGCAAAUUAUAUUCCUUUUUUUUUAAACCAAUAAUGUCCGAGUUCCUGUUUUGUGUCUUGGCUUAGAAAUUUUAUAUAGUGUUUAGUUUGAUAGAAAGCCAUUCUGUGUGAACAAAGUGGGGCGCGUGCACACGUGCGCUUGCGCAUACCUUAGUUGGGAAGCUGAUUCUACGAAUAUCUUAUAUAGAAAAAGGCUUAUUAAUUUUUUGCAAAGUAAUGGAUACAUUCCUGUUAUUUAUUAAUCACUGGCUUUGAUGUUAGAGAUCUUUGUAGAUCGACUUAAGAACUGGAUGAAAACAUUGUGAACAUUAUGGCUUAAUAAAUGUUUACUGUAAUUUUGUUGUUUGGA